AUGACUGGCACAAAGGGUACCAAUGGCAAUGAUCUAGAGUGCCUAGAAAGUGUGCGAGCUGAGCAAAACUUAGAGCAUGUGGAACAUAAUAAAGUGAACUCAAUGCCAUCGUUCCAAGAGGAGGUACUCUUAACUAGGGGUGUCAGUGGGAUGGUUAUGGUCUGGGCGGGCCUAUUUUCUCUUUCCAGGAUUGUUUCUCAUGGAAAGCUUAAGCCAGGUUUAUAUUCGAGGCACCUCUGGCCUGUAGACUCAGCUACUCUUCAUUCUUCCAGUCUCCCACCCAAAACAGAAAAUAUCACUCCGUGAAUUUCGACUGAACAGUUGAUAUCAGUGUAGAGAAUUCUUAUCAUUAGAACUGCCUCUUUUUCAGGAGAAAGCAAUCAAGAAGAAGUAUGGAGGAUUGCUACCCAAAAAGCCACCACUUAUCUCAAAGGUUUUAACAUUCUAUUCAACAUUUCAAGAUACAUUCAUUUUAGAAGCUUCUUUCAAAAUUUCACCCGGAGAGCUGAAAGAUCUCUUUUUUUAUUUCAUUUUCUGUGAUUAACUCUCUAGAAAACUUUAUGAAACUUUACAAGUUAGUACCACGAAUUUUCUGAUUGUCCUCGGAAGGCAUUUACCUAUUUCAGCCCAAUUUUCUGGAGCUCUUUGGUUAACACUUCACGACCUUGUUAUUCUCAAAAUUUGUAGAGUUUUGAACUGAGAGAGAGAGAGAGAGAGAGAGAGAGAGAGAGAGAGAGAGAGAGAGAGAGAGAGAGAGAGAUGAUUGUGGAACAGCCAUAUGCCAAGAAAACUGGGUUGCAGGCUUCCCGGUCUGACCAUUGAAACUGGAACCCAGCCUAGACAAGAACUAUUCCACCCUAUUUUCCUCCUGGAUUAGGUUUUACGGCCCAAGCCUAAAAACAUUGGGCCAGGCUUCAAAAUUUCGAAAGCCAUCAAAUGUUUUUGUAUAUAGUCCACAUUUCUCAUAUCAACAUUUGUGUUCAUUCAGGACCAUGAGCGUGCUUUCUUUGAUUCUGCUGAUUGGGCGUUGGGAAAGGUACAAAAUUUAAUUUCUCUCUUGAACCUUCUUUCAUUACAUUGCCCUCUAACCUUUGGACCAAACCAGCAAGGAGCACCUGUGGGGAAACCCAAAGGACCUCUUGAGGCAUUGCGGCCAAAAUUACAGGUAUUUUCCUUCUCCUGUCUUUGCUCUGGAUUUGAUUCUCCUCCCUGUCAAGUGCCCCAUUAUCCCCCUCCUCCAUCCACACCUCUCCCAUUGAUUCCCAAUGAGCUUCACAAGACCCAGCCCAUCUGCACUUUUAUGCAGGAACGCUCCGUUGUGGCCAUCACAUAUAUCUGUGGUAGCCAUGGUAUAUGAUACCUGCUAAAUUGCCGGAAAAAAACAUUUUUUAAAAAUUCAGUAUAUAUAUGACAUUCAUGAAAUGCAUUAUGCUUACUAACUGUCGCAUUAUUCCCCCUUAUCUUUAGUAAAUUCCACCUGUGGUCGUAGAAAUAAUGUGUCUAUAAAGCUGACUAAGGCAAUAAUUUUUCCUUUGUUUUAGUACAUUCUACCAUGAAAUUCUCGUAGUUACGAUGUGUAUUUCUAGUAGUUACGAUGUGUAUAUCAUACUUUCUAAAGGCAGUAAUAUCCCCUGAUGUGUAUAUAAUGCUUAAUAAUUGUAGCAAUAUUCCCCCUUGUUUUACUUAAUUCUACCUACAUGUUCCCCCCAUUUUACUAGAUUCUACCUUAUAUGAUAGUAGUCAUGGUUUGUGUGUUCUUGCCCAGCCAACCCCUUACCAGCAGACACGUGUGAGAAGAUCAGCUUAUGCACCUGCCGAUGGUGAAGGUACUUAUCCCUAAACAAUUGCCCUCUUAACAUCAGUCCACUCAUCUUCUUCCUUAAUUUUCUCCACCAGCCCUUUCAUCAGAUGAGGCGGCUGGUGCUUCAGGGAACAUGAAUACUGAUGAGUGA